AUGGCCAAGAAACAAGCCACGGCCUAUCCCCUCUUUGCAGCUUUGCAACAGAGACUUGCGCUGGAGGCUGAGCUGUGCGACCCAGUGGGGGUUCGCAGCCCCAGAGCAAGAGGAAGCCGCCUGCCCACCGAUUCUGCAGGCUGCGGCCCAGCCUCUGUAAAGAAGGUGCAAGAGGUUGGCAGCUUCGGCUGGAGCCCAUGGAGCCCAGCGGGGCCGCUGCAGCAGCUGGGAGUCAGGAGCCACAGCAGCGAGCAGAGCUACAGCGAGCGGAAUCCCGUUCUGUUCCAGAGCGGAAGUGCUCACGGAUCUGGGAAACCUGCGAGGUGUGCCUCUGCAAGGUCUCGCUCCAAGGAAGACUCCAGACGUUCCAGAUCAAAGUCCAGGUCCAGAUCUGAAUCCAGGUCUAGAUCCAGAAGUUCUCGAAGGCAUUAUACAAGAUCAAGAUCUCGGUCUCGCCCCCAUAGACGAUCCCCUAGCAGGUCUUACAGUCGAGGUUAUCGGAGGCGUCAUAGCCACAGUCAUUGUCCCAUGUCUACUCGCAGACGUCAUGUCGGGAACCGGAGAGGGUGGAAGGGAGGGGGAGAGACAGAGGGAGAAAAACGAUGUGAGAGAGACACAUCCACUGGUUGCCUCCCGCACACGCCCCCACCGGUGCCGGUGAUCAGGCCUGCAACGGAGGCAAAUCCUGACCCCAACUGUUGUCUUGGAGUAUUUGGGUUGAGCUCGUACACUACUGGAAGAGAUCUAAGGGAAGUAUUCUCUAAAUAUGGCCCCAUUGCUGAUGUGUCUAUCGUAUAUGACCAGCAAUCUAGACGUUCAAGAGGAUUUGCCUUUGUACAUUUUGAAAAUGUAGAUGAUGCCAAGGAAGCAAAAGAGCGUGCCAAUGGAAUGGAGCUUGAUGGACGUAGAAUCAGAGGUGGUUUCUCUAUAACAAAAAGACCACAUACCCCAACACCAGGAAUUUAUAUGGGGAGACCUACACGCCGUCGUGAUUACUCCGACAGAGGAUACGAUGGAGGCUAUGACGACCGGGACUGCUAUAGCAGAUCAUACAGAGGAGGAGGUGGAGGUGGAGGAGGAUGGAGAGCUGCUCAAGACAGGGAUCACAUUUGCGGAAGGCGGUCACCUUCUCCUUACUCUAGUCGUGGAGGAUGUAGAUCACGUUCCAGAUCUCGAUCAUAUUCACCUCGUGGCUAUUAAAGCAUGAAUGGAAGGCUUUCUGAAACCUACCUUAGAGUUUGGAUAUUGUUUGUGGACAAUAUUUUUUAUUAUCUCCUGUUUAAAAAGUGAACAGUGCCUAGUGAAGUUAGGUGACUUUUACACCUUUUAUGAUGACUACUUU